ACAUGUUCUUCAUUAGCAGCCUCUUUGGUGCCAUAUUUUUCGCUGGCAUCACGGCCAAGCAAAUGACAGGAGUUCAUUUGCGAAUCGCCGUCUGUCACGAACCGCCAAUUUUCUCCAUCAUACGAAGUCCAACCAACGAGAGCUCCGUCCGCUAUGUCGGAUUCCCGAAGGACUUUUUUGAUUACUUAUCAGCUCUACUGGGUUUCACGUAUUCUUUCGUGGAAGUUACUCCGACUAUGGUGAACAAUAAAGGAUCGAUCGAUGAAGCCAUCAUCGACCAAAUUCUGCAAAAGAAAGCUGACAUUGACGGACGUCUAAUCUCACCCACUGCCGACCGUAUGAAUUACAUGGAUUUCACCUCGGCCGUGUCCGUCCUUAAUUUCGCCAUGAUUCAGCCCAUGCCAACAAUCCAAAAGGGAUUCAUGUUUCCGAUUAAACCCUUUCAGUCAACGGUUUGGUACAUGAUUUUUGUGGCAUUCGUCUCGACGGUGGUGUUUUUGAGCGUGAUUACACGAUUGAUUGGACGACAUAUCGGGACACAGAGCAACAUUCGAGUUGUCACUCGGAAUGCCUGGUAUAGUUUUGCUAUCCUAACGGCUCAAGGAGGAAAUUUCCCGUCCAAUCGUUUGCCUCUUCGUGUACUGGCCGGUUCCUGGUGCCUGAUUGCCGUCGUCCUCGUCUACGCUUACAACAGCACGCUCAUCUCCUACGUUUCUUUGCCCGGCUCGGCAAAGAUCGUCAACACCUUCGAGGAUCUGGCGGCCAGUAAGACCCUCCGUGUCACCACGCAAAGAGGCAGCCUAUCGGCCGAAAUAAUUUUGAAUUCCAAUUCAGGAGCGUUGAAAACACUGGGCGAUUCGCUCAGACGCCAUCCGGAAGAUCUUCUCCUGACGUUGCCUGGACAAUUCGACAAAAUUUUGCACUCUGGCUGCUGCGCUUACGUUGAAGUUAGGAGACUUGGAGAGUUACUUGUGCACAAGAGUAUGCUGGAACAUCAAGGCCAAUGCAAAUUGACCAUCGGCAAAAAUCUGGAUUACACCCAAGUUUGGAGUUUCGGCGUAGCUAAAAACUUCCCUUAUCUUUCCAACAUCAACAUGGGGAUACAACUGAUGCGCCAAAGUGGCCUGACCACUCGAAUCGGAAAGACUUACUUGAAGCCAAUCGACAAGUGUUUGGCAAGAGAGGCCGGCCACAAUAAGCCGAACAAGAUCAGCCAGUUGACACUUUCUGAUUUGGCUGAUGUGUUUACGAUGAUUUUCGGCCUGGGCUGCCUACUGUCGGCCUUGGCGUUUCUCCUGGAAAUGCUCAUGUCGUCAAUCGGCUUCAGGGUGGCUAAUGGCGCCGAACCGGGAAUCAUCAUUAUAUGACUGCCAUACCUUUAUAAUCAGUCCAUCCAAAUUGACACGUAAUCUGCAAAUGUCUUUUAUUUAAAAGAAAACAAAAAUUUGAUUGAAUUCACCGGAUUCCAAAUGGGAAAUGCGGAUGGGCAUGAAAUAAUUUGCAUAUACGUUGGUAAAUAAUUAUCCCUUGAGACAUUGAUUU